GAUUACACAUUAUAAUGCGAUAAAGACCGAUCGGUAUACGAACUAUUUCUAAAGUUGAAUUAUUGUUCUGGACAAUAAAAUAUGGAUUGAUGAUUAUAUUACUAAUGUGACUUCAAAGAUACAAUUUAUUGUAGAAGUUAAACUUUGAAAGCUGAAAAAUCUUUGAUUGUUUCACUCACAAACGAAUAAAGUUUGUACGUUAAUUGAUCUGGUUAUUUUAUUAGUUAAAUAAAUAUCUACUAACGCACUAGGCAUAAAAUAAUUUGUUGAUUUAUCUACCGAAAUAGUUUAACUACGGGAACAAAAGCAAUUUUCAGCCACCGAAUCACACACACACUUGGUUAUCAUUCAGUUCUAUUGAUCGACGGAUUACACCAGUAAGGUUGUGGAGUUUAGUGUGACAAAAACGCUUUAACUGUAACAAGCAUUUUCAUAACGUUUAUAGUGUUUAUAGAUUAUUUCUGAAAUUAAUUGGACAUUUCAUUAAAUGACACAUAUCGUCUCGAGGAAUUUGAGUUAAAUUAUAUUUACAUAAAACACUUUAAAAAAGGAAAGAAAAAAAUUUGAAAUCCAUAAUAAUAUCAAAUAUUGUAUGGCGUGGAAUAUUGUUUUUUUCUGAAAAGUUUGUUGAGUUUGAAAUGAUUAGGAAGAUCUACAUGUUUUAGUAAAAAAUAAAAUGGGUUGUCGUCAAACGAAACCGGACACUAGUGAACAAGGAUCGCCAGUUCAUUUGGAUGUGCUGAACGAAGGCAAUGGGGUCCCUAAUGUUGACCCCCGUUUACCCUUAAAUGCAAGACAAGUGUUUAAAUUAAAGCAGUCGUGGAAAGGAAUAAAGCGAAACAUAGAAGAAACAGGGGUGGAAAUGUUUAUUAGAUUGUUCAAAAACAAUAGCUAUUUGAUACAAAUUUUCAAAGAUUUCAAGGAGCUAGAAACUGAGGACGAGAUGAGAGAAAAUGAAGAAUUAGAAAAACACGCAACAUUUGUUAUGUCCACUUUAGACGAAACAAUUACGAACAUUGAUAAUUUUGAUUAUAUAAAGGAUCUGGCGCACAGGACAGGGAAUUCACAUCAACGAUUUUCAGAAUUUCAAAAAGAAAAUUUUAAGAAAAUAAAAAUCCCAUUCCUUGAGGCAGUAAAGAUAACGUUGGGAGAUAGAUAUACAGACUACAUGGCAACUGUAUAUACUAUAACCAUCGAUUUUGUUCUAGACAGCCUUGUAGAAGGAUACACGGAUGAAACGUAUUUGCAAAUUAAACUAGACAAUGGCCAGGAAAUAGAUGUGAAAGAAAACGAUAGGUGUUUGGUAAAAACAGCAGAAAGCUAAUGGUUCUAAUCUGCUCAAGGGGUUUUCAGGGAAAAAAGCCUCAGAUUAUGCAUAAAGGAGAUGUUACAGAAAUGCCUUAUUUAAAUUGUGUAAAUAAUUGAGGUAAAUGUACAGAUAAUUUAUAUCCGUUGGAUGUGAUGUAAGCAAUAAAUUAUAAACACUU